AUGGAUUUGAUGAAUAAAUGUGUUAAAGGGACGAAAAUAUUCGUCAGGGACAAACAGAAGGUAUGGAUCUGCGCCGAAAUCAUAAAAGAUGAAACGGAAAUAGUGGUCAAGAAUGAGGAUGAUGAGAUAGUUGUGCUGAAGGAAAAGGAUGAAUUCUAUCUUAGGAAUUUAGACAUGUUCGAUUCUAGUGGACUUUCUGCACCUGCGGAUCUAACUAAAUUGACACAUCUGCAUGAAGCUUCGAUCUUACACAGCUUGAAUGUCAGAUUUGAUAUUGAUGAAAUUUACACAUUCACGGGACCCAUUCUGAUAGCUGUGAAUCCAUUUAAAAUGAUUAAGGACUUAUAUUCUGAUAACAUGCUAGCGAAACAUGUACAACCAAUCCAAUCCAAAAGUCCACAUAUAUUUUCUAUUGCAAAUAGUGCAUAUCUAGGUAUGUGUAAAAACAAUAAAUCACAAACGAUACUCAUAAGUGGUGAAUCUGGUGCAGGCAAAACAGAAUCCACCAAAUAUGUAAUGAAAUUCCUAGCAUGUGCAGGUUCAGACAUAAAAAAAAGGUCUCUAAUUGAAUGUCAAAUAUUAGAAAGCAAUCCAUUGUUAGAAGCUUUUGGAAAUGCCAAAACCCUUAGAAAUGAUAAUUCUAGUCGUUUUGGAAAAUAUAUAGAACUACAGUUUUCUCUAGAUAGUAAAGGGGGCGGGCACUACUACACAAAGGGCAAGUUGUGUGGUGCCAUGAUUAGAACAUACCUCUUAGAGAAAAUUAGAGUCUGUUAUCAGCAGGAGGGAGAAAGAAAUUAUCAUAUUUUUUAUCAGUUAUGCAGGGCUGCACAGAGAGUCUCGUGCGCGAAUGGCCAGCACGGCACAGUUGAUACUGGAUUGAGAACCAAUUCAGGUAGAAACUCGAGGAACAGUCCAGCUAGCGGGUUGAGAAGCAGCUCAGGUAGUAGAUGUAGCACUGUGCAGGACAAGGAACCAUUAGACGAAACUCAGGUCGAAGCGAUUGCCACUGCUUGCGAAUAUCACUUCCCCGCGACGGAGAGGUACAAGGACCCGAGUAUGGGUGCCAAACCUGUGAAAAUAAGCUUGGUCAACUUUAAAAGCCAUGAGCAUUUUCGCUAUCUGACCAAGUCAAGUGUGUAUGAGCUGAACGAGGUUAACGAAUUAGAAAUGUUUGAGACAACUGUUUAUGCAAUGCAAACUAUAGGAAUAAGUGAAUCUGAGAUGCAUCAGAUUUUUAAUGUUCUAGAAGGUAUAUUAUACAUAGGGAAUGUUUUAUUUAGUAAUGACGAAAGUAAGGAAGAAUGUGACAUUUUGGAAGAUUCUGUUGAUGAUUUAAACAAAGCUGCAUCUUUUUUAGAUGUAGAUCCAAAAGAAUUGAAAGAUGCAUUAUGUUAUAGAACAAUCAUAGCAAAUAAUGAACAUUAUAAAAAACCAGUGAUUGCAAAUGUAGCGAAUGAUGUAAGAGAUGCAUUGGCCAGAGCAAUAUAUGGAUGUUUAUUUUUAAAAGUUGUAGAAAGAACAAAUGAAUCAGUAGGGUUUAUAAAAGAUAUAAAUUUAUUUUGUGGUGUUCUGGACAUAUUUGGAUUCGAAUCAUUUCCUAUAAAUUCAUUUGAACAGUUGUGUAUAAAUUACACAAAUGAAUGUUUGCAACAAUUUUUUAAUAACUUCAUAUUUAAGUGUGAAGAAAAAUUAUACAUAGAUGAAGGAAUCAAAUGGGAUCCAUUAGAUUUCCCAGACAAUGCAGAAUCUGUGCAUAUUUUAGAAUCAAAACCAUUUGGUGUAUUCUCCAUGUUAGAUGAAGAAUGUUACAUACCUUCUGGAAAAGACAAAACAUUUUGUAGCAAAAUUGUGAGCAAACAUAGCACUUCUUCAAGUAAUGGUCGUGAGAAACGGUUCGAGGCUGUCAAAACAGAUCCACUCUCUUUCAUAAUUGUCCAUUUUGCAGGGAAAGUUAUGUACAAUUCAUCAGGUUUUUUGGAAAAAAACAAAGAUCAAUUAUCUGUGGAUGUACAAAAUAUACUUCUACAAAGCAAGAAUGAAUAUAUCUCUUCACUUUUUCAUAAACAUCUAAGGAGAAAUGUGGAAAAAAAGAAAUUUCCCACAGUUUCUAGCGAAUUUAGGGAACAACUUCAUCAACUAAUGAAAAGAAUUAAAGAAACAGAACCUCAUUUUAUUAGAUGCAUUAAACCAAAUGCACAAAAUAUGCCAGAUAUUUUUGAUAGAAUAUCUGUCAAUGAGCAAUUGAAAUAUGGAGGAGUCCUCCAAGCAAUAAAAGUUAGUAGGUCUGGAUAUCCAGUUCGAUUAACACACACAGAUUGUGUAAAAGAUUAUUCCAUUUUGUUGUCACGGCAAGAUAAGCAGCUGUUUAGAGAAUAUGAAAAUAAAUCCUGUACACAGAAAGCUAUCUUCCUCCUUGGCAAACUACAACAGUGUGAUGAAAUUAAGGAAUUGGUUCAGUCUUUGAAGAUUAUGAAGAAGCAGAUGGAUGACAUAUCCCAUAGUGGUGGUCUUCGCUGCAUUUCUAAUAUUGGAAAAGAUAAAAAAUCCUCCCUUCAUGAGUCCCCUCUUCUUAAAUCCCCUCAUCAUGAACCACUUGGUAAGAGAAGCACCAACGGGGAGUUGACCUCCACGUACACAGAUGUUAUUGAUCCAGAUGAAACGCUGAUAUGGGCAGUAGGUAAAUCUCUAUGCUUCUUCAAAAGUGAUGCAUACAAUGUUUUGUCAACUAUGAGAAGUGAUUUCAGAGAAGCCCAAGCAGUGAUAAUACAGAAAAAUUACAAAAGACAUAUUCAAUGUAGAUUAUUUAAUGUAAUGAAAUGUAAGGCCAUCAUUUUGCAAAGGUGGAUUAGGCGUAUGCUAAAAGUUAUGAAGAAUGAAAGAAACAGAAGAGAGGCAGCGAAAGAAUUGAUCUGUCUACAUCUCUACGGAUACACUGUUAGGAAAAGAUUUCUUUUUAAAAAAAAAUGUGCAACAGUUAUACAGUCUUAUGUGAGAGGUUAUUUAACGAGAAAAUUUUAUAAAGAAUAUAGAAAAUAUCACUAUGCAAGUAUAAUCAAAGCAUCAUGGAAAGCAUAUAAACAAAAAAAACAUUUCGAAAAUAUGAAACAUUGCACUAAGAAAAUUCAGUUAAAAUGGAAAGGCAUUUUAGCUAGAAGACAGUUGAAAAGACUUAAAGAAGAAGCUAAAGAGGUUGGAUCAUUAAUAGAAAAAAAUCAAUCUUUAAUAAAAGAAAUAGAAAAUGAAAAAAAAAAAAAAGCUGAUAUGGAAAACAAACUCUUAAAAGCUUUUGCGAAUGUGGACAAAUUGACUAAAAGGAUAGACAUCCUUGAAACAAAGAACAAGCACAAUGAAGAUGUCAUUAAAAGGUUGAUGGAAAAAUUAGCUCAAUCGAGUGCACUGUCCAGCGGUGAAAAACCAAACGGUGAAAAACCAAACGAGUGCACACGAGUCAAGGCAACAAACAGGAAAACGGAAGAUGAUGCUACUGUCACCCACACAAAGUCCGUUGAAAUAGAGACUCUUAUGAACAAAAUAAAAAAACUAGAAUAUGAAAAUAAAGAAUAUUUGAAGAAGAAUAACACCCUAAAUGAUAAUUACAAUAAGCUGCUUCGUCUCUUGUCUCAUUUUAAGGAAAAAAAUAUGACCAUUCCCAGCAAUCAGGAGGUAGGAAUUUAUCAGAGUUCUCUUCAGCAGCAAAAUGAGGUGCAGGAUGAGUGGGAAGAUGAGGACCAAGGUGAACGGCAAGAUGAACGGGGAGGUCAGCACCCAAAUGAGAAAUACAUUGAGAAUGGUAUCGAGGUGGGUACUCCGUGGUACCCCAGAGCAAACAGAACUGUGCAGGGAAAAAAUGGAAAGGAUGUAGAUAUUCUGAUGUGCGGGCCGAAGAAUGUUGGAAAAACGAGCCUGCUAGAAGAUCUCUUCGUGCGUCUGGGAGACGAAAUUAACCUGAACAUGUUAAGAAAGAAUAAGAAAAAAAAUUGUGAAGAAAGUAGCGUAUUUCUUUAUGAUACCUAUGUAAUUUCCCACAAAUCAAUUCAAAUAAAAAUUUGUGAUUGUAUGUACUCAAGCAGCAGAAAUGCAGAAGAAAUGCUUUUCAAUUUUAUAAAGAAUUCGGUAUGUAUAAUAGUGGUUUUUGAUUCCAGUAAUAAUGAUUCUAUACACCCAGCUCUGCAUCUAUUACAAGAAGCAUCUCUUACUAAUGUCAAGAAGAGAACAAAAUUGUAUCUUCUGGAAAACAUAUUUAAUGAAAAGAUAAACAUGAAACCAAACAUGUGUGAUGUUUCAUAUGCUUUACAAGUUGCAAAAGCAUGCAGUGCAAAUUAUGUGAAGACAUUAGAUAUAUAUGAUAUUGUAAAUGACUAUGCCCAUGGAAGUAAAUUAAAUUAUAGUUCAUUUCAUGGAAACACAGGAAAUAACUUAAUUGGAGGAAUUUCAUCUAUUGGAAGGAAAACGAAUCAUAUUCAAAGGAAUCCCAAUCAGCACUCCUAUCUAUAUCACAACUUGGGUAUGCAAAUCAUGGAUGAUACUUCAACAGAUGGUUAUAACAACAAAAGAUAUGUGCAUUCAAAGGAAAUGCAUAGUAAAGAGGGAUACACAAUUGACAAAUUUUCCUGUGCUAACAAGUUGCAUAUACCAUCAGAGAAAAACUACCUUGCAGAGUAUUCAAAAGGAAGGAGAGAUGGAGAGAGAGAUGAAGAUAGAGAUGGAGAGAGAGAUAAAGAUAGAGAUGGAGAGAGAGAUAAAGAUAGAGAUAAAGUGAUAGAAGAAGGGAGAAAAGAAGUUUUAACCAGGUUCAACAAAAACAGAAACAUUUAUUCUGUAGUUAACUCUUUAAAAACUUUAUGUGGAGUAUAUAAUAAAAAAAAUCAACAUCUUCAAUUGUUACGAGAAUCUAUGCCUCAGAACAGUUAUAUAUAUAGUAAUAAAAAAUACAAUGUCGAAUUGGGGAAAGGAUUGCAACCCAUUUAUGAAAUUACAUUAAAAGGAAAUGUACCCAUAACAUAUCUGCUUAUUGGACGAGAUUCCAUUAAGAAAGUUCACACAUUACUAGCUGUUGGUUGUAAAGAUGGAACUAUUCAUAUAUACAAAUGUUUACGAACGGCACUUGAGAACUCAAACAGUAGCUAUUAUUUCUACCAUGAUGAAGGGAUAUCAUCUGACCAUUUGCAGAAGGGAAAUGUCAACCUCAGGAUGGAUGAUGAAAUGGAUUCUACUGCCUCUUCAUAUUCUCCGGGUGGAAAGACCAGAGUGAGUAGCCCUCCUAAUAUUCAUCUCAGUGAAGAAAUGAAAAAAAAUAGUGGAAGCGAACAUUUGUGGAAAGAGUAUAUGAGCAGUUCAAGCAAUGAAAAUUUUAAUGUCACAUCAGCAAAGUUUGUAACAAAAUUAGCAGGACAUCGAAAAGCAAUAACUUGUCUGGUUUUCACAUUUACAGAAGAAAAAAUAAUAUCUUCCUCAAUUGACCGAACUAUAAAAAUAUGGGAAGUGUCUACUGGAUUUUUAUUAAAAGUAUUUUCAGAUUCUUCUGCAACUCUAUCUGUUUUGUUACUCCCAUCAAAUUUAAAUCUUUUUGUAUGUUCCAACUGUACAUCUCUGCUUCGAAUUGUUAAUGUAAAUAAUGGACAUGUAAAUCAAAAAAUAAAAUUUGAAAGUGAAAUAAGAACUCUUGAAAUGGAUGAUACCGGAUUAAAUAUAUUUGCUGGUUCUAAGAAUGGCACGAUAUACAUAUUGGAACUUAUAUAUAAUGAACGAAUUGAAAUCAAAUUUAAGUUGCUUUUUUCUCUAUCACCAAUAACCUGUAUAAAAUUUGUACCAAAAUAUUCUGCUUACACAUCUCCAAUGAUAAUUGUAAAUUCCUGUGAUAACCACAUUGGUAUCAUUGAAUGUAUGUAUGGUACUAAGGGUGUUAUACUAACUACCCUGUCUGUUAAGCAUCGAAUUCGAAUCAACCAUGCCCUUUUACCAAUUCGAAAUUGCUUCUCCAGGUUUGGAGGAGGCUGGCUCAUAUCUGGUUCUGAAGAUGGCAACAUAUACAUUUGCUCCCUUUUCCCUCAGUCCAACUACAAGCUCAUUUUUUUGAAGCACCACAAGGCACCAGUUAUGGCCGUUGUAGUUAAUGACAUCGACACGUUAAUGAUAUCGGGUGAUUCCAAAGGAAACGUAGUUUUCUGGAGACGAGCCUUUGUGUAG